GUUAUAGGAACUGCUCCUGCCGAUCUGUCACACACUCAGUUCAAGUUUAUUAGGGUCGUUCCGCAGGUUAUUUGUGAGUGAGCAAACAGGUUUGCCAUGGCCCAUUCCGACCGCUCCGCUUCAAGUGCAGAAGAUAGAGGACUGUCUGAAGAGUUUGCAGUCCCCUCUCACGUGGAGGAGGUUAAGAAACUCAUGGCAGACUUUGCCAAGCAUCACGGGUCAGCCGGCCGCAGAGUAGUCCUCAUUACCUCUGGAGGAACUAAAGUACCUCUGGAAUCCCGAACGGUGCGAUUCCUGGACAACUUCAGCAGUGGUCGGCGAGGGUCGUCUUCUGCUGAGUAUUUUCUGGACUCUGGCUAUGCAGUGAUCUUUCUCCACAGGCAUCGUUCCCUCUAUCCAUACACUCGCUUAUACACAGGGGUCAAUAUACUGGACAGCUUACAAUUAGAGACUGGUAAAGAGGAUACCAGUCAGGUACUGGUGGAUCAGAAAGCACUUCCAAACAUUGCAAAGGUUUUAAAGCGCUAUCAGGCGGUGAAAGCAUCGGGAUUACUGCUUCCAGUGGAGUUCAACACAUUGUCAGAAUACCUCCAUCUUCUCAAAGCUGCAGCCCAAGCUUUAAGCUCCAUUGGAUCCAAGGCUAUGUUUUAUUUGGCUGCUGCUGUUUCUGAUUUCUACAUCCCAGCAUCUGAAAUGCCAGAACACAAAAUUCAGUCCUCUAAUGGGCCACUUCAGAUAAGCAUGAAGAUGGUUCCCAAGAUGCUGUCUCCACUGGUGAAGGACUGGGCACCUCAGGCAUUCGUCAUCUCUUUCAAGUUGGAAACGAACCCCUCCAUCCUUCUGGAGAAAGCACGGCGUGCAUUAGAAACCUACAACCAUCAGGCUGUGGUUGCGAAUGUUCUUGACACACGUCGUGGUUAUGUGGUCGUCGUCACCAAAGACACUCAAUACGAGCUGCUCCUCACAGACGAGGAAGUGCAAAAAGAGGCCGAGAUUGAGGACAAGAUCGUCAGCAGUCUGACCGCUGCUCACAGUCAGUUUAUAUCUCAACAAAUAUGAAAAAUCUUGCUGCAAUUGCACAGCAUGCAGACACAAGUUGCUCUUUCAGGCAGAUCUAGAACCAGGUUUUUGUUGUAUUCUACCAAUCAUGCUUCAAAUUUAAAAAGAAAAGUUGAUUCUAGAAAACCGGCUUCUGCAAGUUAAAAAGUUUGAAAUGUAAUUAUUUAAGAUCUAAUACUUUAGAUUAAUUUCUUCUGUUAAAAGAGAUCAGCAUACAAGUUAUUAUCUUCUUAAUAGGUCCUUUAAGCAUAGUGUUCAAAGUUAAUAUAAUAUAAAUGUAUGCUUUUCUAACUGUAAUCUUAAGCUUAAUAUUACAUUUGUUUUUGAUAAUAAAACUUCAGACCGAUGAUGGCAACUACACUGUAAAUAUUGGUUAGUUAACUAAAGCGAGUAAACCAAUUGCCUUAAAAGCAACAAGGUGACUUUACAAAAAUAAUGUGAGUAAACCCUUGAAACUGUUAAGUUGACUUGAUUUUUUAUAAUUAUGCAAAUUGUGUUUUCUACACCAACUAAUCCUUUUUACAGUGUCAGACUAUUUUAGCCCAUCUGUUUUCAAAUAAUUACUGUGAUUUGCACAAUAUUACAUAUUUGGUGCUUUAUUAAGUCUAUAAAAUCUACAAUUAUGGCCUCUAUUGAAUUUAGAAGGCAUACUGGAGUCUGGAAGAGCAGAUUUAUUUUACUGUGUGUCAUUUUGCUAUAAGCUGGAAAAAACUAAUAGAAUAAAGGAGUAUUGGAAAAAGUGACACGUUUAUUUUUAUUUUUUUUAAAAGUGAGUAUUAUUAGCAUAAUUAUAAAAAUCAAGUCAACUUCAAAGUUUCAAGUUACAAUGUGUUAACUUGCAUUACUUUUGUGAAGUCAACUUGUUGCUUUUAAGGCAUUUAAAGGCAUUGGUUUACUCGCUUCAGUUAACUAAUCACUUUUUACGGUGUAUAUCAUGAAGCAAGUGUGUAUGAAUGAUGUAUUAAUGUAUUUCUGCAAUAAACAUUAAACGCUUCUAUAACUUUGAAGUUAAAAAACAUUUUUAAUAUGGUAACAUUUUAGCACAUCGAUGCAAACAGAACUCAUUUUAUCUCAUUGUACAAAAUGCCAUUUGCAUAGACUUGAAAAAAUUACUUUUGCUGCUUGUUAAAACAAACUACUUGCGUAAAAAGAGUUGAAUAAUCAAUUCUAAAGGUUUAUUUGGGACAACUUAAUUGUUUUGUUCGAUCCACUUAAAUUUGUAAGAACAAUUAAAGUAACUUAAUCGA